UUCGAGCAGUAACAUUUUCGUCGUUCGGGCUCGAAGCAUUGGUGACGUUGACUGACCUGAGUGGAUCUACUAGCUCCAAUCAUCAGCACCACUUACAGCCGGCACCUGCUUUGUAUUCGGCAUCAAAUAAUGAAGUGAAGACAUGUUGUCCUGGAUCUAGAAGCUUGGCCAUUCAAUCUCUUUGCUGUGAGGAGGGAUCCAAGGGUGCCGCUGGAGCAAAAGAAGGUAGUAGAACAAUGGUAGCGGCAUCUAGUGGCAACACCUUCGCAAAAGAGAUAGCUAUUAGAAAGAGAAUCAGUAACAUAUUUAAUAAAAGGGAAGAGGAUUUUCCAUCCUUGAGAGAUUACAAUGAUUACUUGGAAGAAGUUGAAGAUAUGACCUUCAACUUAAUUGAAGGCAUAGAUGUUGCUGCAAUUGAAGCUAAGAUAGUUAAAUACCAAGAAGAAAAUGCUGAGCAGAUAAUUAAUGCCAGAGCUCGUAAGGCUGAAGAGUUAGCAGCAGCCAUGAAGGCCAGCAUGGGAAACCCUGCACAGGCUGAACCUUCUGAUAUGGGCAUUGGACAUACUGCUCAAGGGCAAUAUGCUCCUGCUUUGCCAGGCGGUGGACUUGCUCAGCCACGACCGACAGGAAUGCAGCCUGUUCCUGUUGGUGGUCCACAUGAUCCCUCACAUAGUUAUGGGGCUGAGGAUGAGGAGACGGUGAAGCUACGGGCUGCAAGAGCUGGUGGCUGGACUGUUGAACUCAGCAAGAAGAGAGCCCUUGAAGAAGCCUUCAGCAGCAUCUGGAUAUAAUACAUAUGACCAACCACAUGUUGAGGAGUGCCCCAUUUAUUUGUCCAACCAACACUUGCUUUUGUAUCAAUCUGAUUGCUUGUGAUACCAAUGCUAUGUCUAUUUACAACAGGGCCAUGUUUUAUUUGAGCUAUUUGUUUUUCCAUUUUGUCUAUGUACGCUUGAAAAUACCUGUAAUUGCUUAUGUACUCAUGAUUGUUUGCCAAUUCUAUAAUGGCAGUUUUCAAAGUUGUUACUGUUGCUCAUA